UGAAAAUUCAUUGCAAAGGUAUUUUAAUAGAUCGUAAUUAUAUAACAUGAAAUCAUGAUACAACAGCUAUAGAUCGGAAACACAUGAUUUCAUUAGUGUAAUACGGUACUCGUUAAGCUACCUUACAAAUGGCGGCAUUGAAAUACGUUAAGUUUAUAAUUAUACGCAUGGCGCAAGGCUAAACCUACUGGGGAAACCUGAGUGUUUUAAUAUCUACGUUCUUAAUUCAAGCGUGGUAUUAUUGUAACUUUUACUCGAAAGACCCUAAUACCAAAGGCUGAGAAGACAAUCGAAAUAGUGAAUAGUUAUGGGCAACGUUCAUGCUGCAAGCGCAUUACCCCGAUCAUCGAUGGGAUUUCAACCGUCAUCGACGAGUUUACCUCAAGAUGACCCUAUAAAUCCGUCUACUCGCUCGUCAAUGAGCUUUCAACCUUCACAAAAUUCAUCUGAAGAUGAUUUGCUAGCAACCUCUGCUGGAUCUACAUUUCUUGGAAAUCCUGGUACAAUGGAAGAUUUACAUAAAAUGUGCAAAGGUGAAUCAAGGCAAAUAUUUCCAGUAAAUUUUGAGGGUGCAAAAUUAAUGUUAAGUAAAGGUCUUAGCAGUCAUUUUCAAAUUUCCCAUACAAUUAAUAUGAGUUCUUCUAUUAUGCCAUCUGGUUAUAGAUUUGGGGCAACUUAUGUAGGAACAAAACAAAUAUCACCUUCAGAUAUGUUUCCUGUUUUAAUAGGUGAUAUUGAUCCAACUGGAAAUCUUAACGCUAAUGUAAUUCAUCAAUUUACGAAUAGAAUACGAGGAAAAUUAGCUACACAAGUACAAAGAAAUAAAUUUACAGCUGUACAAAUGACAGCUGAUUACCGUGGUGAUUAUUAUACAAUGUCAUUAACAUUAGGAAAUCCUGAUAUUAUUAAUAAUUCUGGUUUACUUGUUAUGCAUUAUCUUCAAAGUUUAACAAAAAAUUUAGCACUAGGUGGGGAAUUACUUUAUCAACAAGGUCCUGCAGUUCCUGGAGGUUAUAUAGCAGUUGUAUCUGCUGCUGGCCGUUAUAUAAAUGGAAAUUCUACUAUAAGCGGAAGUAUAGGUCUUGCUGGUUGUCAUAUCUGUUAUUAUCAAAAAGCUAGCCAACAAAUACAAGUUGGUGUAGAAUUAGAAGUUAAUAAUAGAAUACAAGAAGCAGUAACUACAAUUGCUUAUCAAGUAGAUUUACCAAAAGCAGAUAUAGUUUUUAAAGGAAGUGUAGACUCAAAUUGGAAAGUUGGUGGAAUUCUAGAAAAAAAAUUACAACCUUUGCCUUUCUCAUUUUCCCUCAGUGGAGAACUAAAUCAUAAUAAAAAUCAGUUUAGGUUGGGCUGCGGUCUAUUAAUUGGUUAAUUCUUUAUUUUACAAAAUGUAAUAUUUUUUUAUGAAUUACUAUUGUCAUAGAUAUCAUUAAACUCCAUUUCCACUUGAUAUAAUGAAUAAUGUAAUAUAAUGACUGCUUUUAAUUUCAACUGUAUUUUAUUAUAU